AUGCCCCAUGUCAAAAACUUAAGAAACUACAGUGGAUAUUUCUACACAAUUGACCCAUUCUUCUCUGAUGAAAAUUUCUUGACAAAGCUUAACAACAGGACAUCAGGUAUUGCUGGGCCCAUCCUCGUCGACGGUGCUAAGCGUGAUCAGACUGUCUGGGCAGGCGAUAUGGGCGUAUCAUUGCCUACAGGAUUCGUAUCCACGAACGAUCUCUUUCCCGCGCGCAAUUCACUCUCAACGUCACUUUCUCUUCAAGAUCCAACGACUGGUGCACUUCCAUUUGCUGGCCCGCCUGUAUACGGAUAUGUUAGCGACACUUACCAUGCUUGGACGCUUCUUGGUGCAUACAAUUAUUACCUGUAUUCCGGCGAUAUCACAUGGUUGCGGACUUCCUGGAACAACUAUACGAAAGCGGUUGCAUAUUUAGCCAACAAGGUGGAUAGCUCAGGCUUGCUAGAUGUUACAGGGAUCGAGGAUUGGGGGCGCCUCUGGCAGGGUGACUAUAAUUCAGAAGCGAAUGCGAUAUACUACAAGGCUAGCAGUUGGCUUCUGCACGUUGUCGAACUGGCAGGAUAUAUGAAUGACUCGUCUCUCGCAGCAACUUAUGCCAAUAACGCUUCCGCGCUCAAGGCGAUGUUCAACGAGAAAUUCUGGCUGUCUUCUGCGGGCAUGUACCGCAACAAUUUAACGUCGACAAUGUGCCCCCAAGAUGCCAAUUUGUUCGCGGUGUUAUUCAGCCUGACUACAUCCGCCGAACAGGCAUCUUCUGUUAGCGAGGGAUUGACAAAAAAAUGGGGUGCAUAUGGCUCCGUAUCCCCCGAGCUUCCAGAGACUGUUGCGCCCUUCAUCGGCAGCUUCGAGAUCCAGGCGCAUUUCUUGUCUGGAAACGAUGCCCGCGCUAUGGAACUUCUGCACCUCGAGUGGGGUUAUAUGUUGUAUACCCCGCUUAGCGUCCAAUCGACGCUGCUCGAAGGAUACACAUCGAACGGAUCGCUCUACUACCGCUCAUACGACGGAUACAACUAUGACCCGUCAUACACGAGCCAUUCGCAUGGAUGGAGCACAGGCCCAACAUAUGCAUUCACGUUUUACGUGCUCGGCCUCACGCUAACCUCCCCCAUGGGUCAGACAUGGUCCGUAGCACCUCAUACGUCUGGAUUAUCAUUCGCUCAAGGCGGGUUCGAGACUCCGCUUGGGUGGUUCGGCGUAGAAUGGAAGUCUACUGGGAACUCUUUUACUAUCGCGCGAACGAUGCCGGAAGGAACCAGUGGAGUGGUGGUGCUUCCGAUAACGGGAACGAUCACUCUGGAUGGGAAUGCUGUGCAACAGACUGGGAUGCUAUCAAUAGACGGAGGGAACCAUACGGUUUCUGUACAGGAAUAA